GUUAGGUGGCUGAAUCUACUGUGUCUGCUGUCUGCAACGCUGCAACCCCACCUUCUUUGACCUUUUUCGCCCGGUCGGAAAUCUCUGAAACCAGUUUGUUUUGUUUUGCACCUUACCCAUGGAAUGGAUAUUUUAAAUUUUCAUCGGUUAAUUGCAGAUUCCGAAUGUUUUCAAUGCGUUUUCAGUGGAAUUUUCAGUUCCCGUAGAGAAUUUUUUUGGUUCUUUGUGUCAUUUGGUGUUUUCUCAGAGAUGGGUUUGUGUCAUUUGGUGUCCGUUCUUGCGAGUAAUUUCGAUCAAACUCGAGAUACCCAUUUCAGGGAACGGUAUUUUUAAAUUGGGUUGGUGUUAUUUUCUGUAUUUUGUCUUAGAACUUAAAGAGAGAAUGAUGGAGGAAGAAAGCCUUUCACUCAGCAACGGAGCCGACGAGAAAACGAAACGAGAAAAAGGGUUUUGGGAUUUCAUCUGGGUUCCUUUGUAUUGGUUCAAGAUGCUUUCCGACGAGAUGCAUUGGAGUUUUGUAUUUGGAGUAGUCGUGACGUAUGGGAUCAAUCAAGGGUUAGGUGGAAGUCUGAGUCGUGUUGGAACGGAGUAUUACAUGAAGGAUGUUCAGAAGGUACAGCCAUCUGAAGCACAAGUUUAUUCCGGAAUAACUUCUAUUCCUUGGAUUGUCAAGCCUCUUUGGGGCCUUCUCACUGAUGUUCUCCCUGUUGCUGGCUAUCGGAGACGGCCCUAUUUUGUUCUAGCUGUUUCAGGUUUUCUAGGUGUGAUUUCCAUGGUCUUUCUAUCUCUGCACAGGAAGUUGCAUAUUGUUCCUGCAUUAAUGUCUCUUACAGCUGGGAGUGCUGGAGUAGCAAUAGCAGAUGUAACAAUUGAUGCCUGUGUUGCUCAAAACAGUAUAAAUCAUCCCUCUCUUGCUGCUGACAUGCAAAGUUUGUGUGGACUGAGCUCUUCCAUUGGGUCACUACUGGGGUUCUUCAUCAGCGGAUUUCUUGUUCACCUAAUUGGCCCUUUGGGGGUAUUUGGCUUGCUUUCUAUCCCAUUUGUGCUGGUCCUUCUGGUUGGAAUGUUGCUUAAUGAAAAUCGCAUGCCAAACUUUUCCUAUGGACAGGUACACCAGAAGUUGUUGGAUGCCAGUAAAGCUAUGUGGACUACACUGAAAUGCCCAGAGGUAUGGAGACCAUGUGCAUAUAUGUAUCUGUCGCUUGCAUUGAGCUUGAACAUCCUUGAAGGAAUGUUCUAUUGGUACACAGAUGCAAAAGCAGGUCCAUCAUUCUCUCAGGAGAUUGUUGGAUCCAUAUUCUCUGUUGGCUCAGUAGGGUCCCUUCUUGGGGUGCUACUCUACCAAAACAUUUUAAAGGACUAUCAAUUCCGUGACAUGCUUUUCUGGACUCAGUUACUUUAUGGUGUAUCGGGGAUGCUGGAUUUGAUGUUAGUGCUGAGGCUAAACCUGAAAUUGGGCGUACCUGAUUAUUUUUUUGCUGUAAUUGAUGAAUGUGUUUCUCAAAUGAUUGGGCGUCUGAAAUGGAUGCCCCUUCUUGUACUCAGUUCCAAGCUUUGUCCCCCAGGAAUAGAGGGUACUUUCUUUGCUUUGCUAAUGUCAAUUGAUAAUGUUGGCAUACUCACAUCUUCAUCAGGAGGGGGCCUCCUACUGCAUAUAUUGAAGGUUACCCGUGUACACUUUGAUAACCUUUGGCUGGCCAUCUUGAUCCGCAACAUAAUGAGAAUUUUGCCACUCUCUUUUCUUUUUUUGGUGCCUAGAAGUGAUCCCACAUCGUCCAUCCUUCCAGCUGAGAUGUUAACGACAAUAGAAAGCCAAGAAAGUGAGAACAUUGAACUGGCUUCCCUUGUCAACAACACCUGAUGAAAGCCAAGGUGAACUCUAACUACAUAUCUUUCAACCAAGAAUGACAGUUGAACAAGGAUUUCCUACUUCCUAUCCAUCUGAACUUACAUGACACGGUGUUGCUCAAGCAUUUCAAUUUAUCUCCCUGGAAUGUGGAGUGACUGAAGAAACCUUUGCUUGUCCACUGACUGAGAUCACAGUGGAUAAGUCAGAAAUUGUUGUUGUUCCCUGCUUCCUUCUUUGUUGUUCCUUACAGAUUACACUUUUAUUGCAAAUUCAUUGAUUGUUAAAUGGCUAGAAUACACUAGUUUCUGAAAAAGUGAUUCAACAUUAAUUGCAGAUUUGAAAUUGAGUAAAAAGUUCCCAAGUUUAGAAUACAGUACCAAUAUUGAAGGUGAGAAUCACAUGCACUUUUUGUAAUAUUCUUUUCAUUUUUAUGUACUACACAUCUUUCAUCUUAA